CCAUGACUUGGGCAGGUGAUUUCUUCAUGUGUGAAAACACAGUGCAUACACAUUAUCCGUAUCUGCUUACAAAACUUGGAUUUGGGUAUUCUUUUCGCUUUGGUAAUUUUUGGAAACUUUAGCUUGUCAAAGGUCUGGUUCUUUUACAUUUUAUGUACCAAGAUUCUUCUGGGUUUCGUUUUGAUUUGACUUAGAGUAAAGGUUUUGGAAUUUAUUGGUGGCCAUGAAGUGUUUCUACUUCUACUUUGGAAAGAAGAAGGAUGAACUCAAGAGCAAAAAAUCCAUAUCGAUUCACUCAAAUUCCACACUUACAAGUAGUAACACAAGGACAUCUGGGUCUAGUAUAUCAAACACAAGCACAGAGUCAACGGGAAGAAGCCCAUUUCCAUGUUUUACUCAGAGGUCUACCAAUCUCAGAUUAUUCUCACUUUCAGAGCUUAAGACGGCCACAAAGAAUUUUAACCGUGAGGCCAAAAUUGGAGAGGGUGGCUUUGGUUGCGUAUAUAAGUGUGUUGUCAAGAGUUCUGAAGAUCCACAAAGGAAACUUGAUGUUGCUGUAAAGCAAUUGGGAAAAAGAGGAUUGCAGGGGCACAAGGAAUGGGUGACAGAAGUGAAUGUUCUUGGAGUAGUUGAGCAUUCAAACCUUGUCAAACUAGUGGGCUACUGCGCUGAAGAUGAUGAGAGAGGAAUCCAGCGACUUCUGGUUUACGAAUAUAUGCCUAACGGAAGUGUUGAGGACCAUUUAUCAAGUAGGGCGGAGUCACCUCUUCCCUGGGCCAUGAGGCUGAAAAUAGCCCAAGAUGCUGCCCGUGGCUUAACAUACCUACAUGAAGGAAUGGAUUUUCAGAUCAUCUUCAGAGAUUUCAAAUCUUCAAACAUUCUCCUGGAUGGGCAAUGGAAUGCAAAGCUUUCAGACUUUGGAUUGGCUAGGUUGGGCCCUUCCGAAGGACUAACCCAUGUCUCAACAGCGGUUGUGGGAACCAUGGGAUAUGCAGCUCCCGAAUACAUUCGAACUGGACACCUCACAUCAAAAAGUGAUGUAUGGGGUUACGGCGUCUUCAUUUAUGAACUCAUCACUGGUAGACGCCCUCUGGACAAGAACCGCCCCAAGAAUGAGCAGAAGCUUCUAGACUGGAUAAAGCCAUUCACAUCAGACACAAAGAAAUUUCACCAGAUAUUGGACCCUAGGAUCGAAUGGAACAGUUCCCACAAGUCUGCCCAAAAGCUAGCUGCAGUUGCUGACCGGUGCUUGACCAGGCAUCCAAAGCAACGCCCAAAGAUGAGCGAGGUGUUGGAGAUGGUGAACCGGAUUGUUGAUACAUCACAAGAAAUGAGCAGUUCUCAAUUACCAAAAACAAAAGGCUUGAAGCCAACGGUAUCAACCUCAUGGAAAUGAUAGUGGAUAGGUAAGAGUGAGCAAGAGAGUGGUUGUGGAUAUGAAAAUGGUGUAUAGUCAAAUCUUGAAAGGGCACGACGAGUGCACUGCAAUUUCAGCAGAAUCUGUCACCUGGGUUUGGUUGGUAUUUGGAGAAGCUUAUGGAGGUGUGAAGGUAACAGUUCCUGUGGAUUUGUGUAUGGUUCAGAAUGCUAAAAUGUGUGUAAGGCCAAGCUUGAACUGGGUUAGAAAUUUAGGAGGGCGCAAAACAGGGGUUUUGGUUUUCUACAAAUUGGGAAGUUGAGAAUUUUGGUCUUUAGCUAUUAGAACUAGUACAUUUUCAUUUUGAAGUCUUCAUUUGGAUCAUGGAUUUGGGGAUGGAUUUACGGAGAGCCCAUUGAACCCUGUAGCACUCAACAAAGGAGAAUUUACCAUAUCAUAUUCACUUCACUUUUGUUAGCUGUUCUCUAUGUCAAUCCUUCACAAGUCAAUGAUCCAUACAGAGCCUAAAGCUUGCCAGGAGUUUCUGAGUACUCCUUCCACGUUUGAGCUGUAAAUUGCGGAUGGAAAUCGUUUGGGUUGCGGAGAAGCUUCCUGAGAUGCCAACCAGGUGGUUGAAAUGAAACUGCUGAAAUUGGAGUAUUUAUUAUGAUGUGAAUUGGAAUAAAUAUUCUGUUCUCUUUCCAUUCGAGGCAUGUAGAAUAUGGUUAGUACUUCUUUAGUUCAAAAGCAAUAUGUAUUGUUCCCUGCCGAUAAAAAUGAAAGAAAGAAGGUAUCGUUCCCUUCUUCAAAAUAUUCAUUUUAACUUGAAAA